GGGCGAAGAUGCGACCAUGGAAGAUCUCGAUUCGCCAUCACAGUGGUUAGUCGAACGAGCUCGGCAAAGCUUGAGAGAGAAUAAUCCUUAUGAAGCUAAAGCGUGGCUAAUAACUGCUAAGACACUAUAUCCCAAAGAUUUCGGGAUUCAGUAUGAGGCUUACAGUAUCGAGAGAAAUGCUGAGCGAGUUCAGGAGUCUGCCAAGCUUUUCUAUAUUAUGUUUGAACAGUUUCCAGAAAAUGACAUUCUUUGGAAGGAAGUUGUUAGCUUCACUGAUGCUCUUGAAAGUGAUGUCAUGGACCAACAUGGAAAGUUUCUGACAGAUAUGUUUGGCUGUCUUCCACAGCAUGCACAGCGAGAGAUACUUCUCAAGGCUGCAGGGAGAUGCAAAGAUUACAUAGAGAGAUGUCGAAUGAUGUUGCUGUUAAUGAGGAGAUUUCCUGAUGUGAUUCCAAAGAAUGGGGUUGCUCUGACAGAGAUGUUGAUUGAGGCUGAAAACUCAGAGUAUCUAGCAGCUCCUGUUAAUCCUUACAGGAAGUUAUUAGUGUGUGACGUAUUGCCUCACUUACUGGCCAGUGAAAAGAUGACAGUUAGUACUUCAAGUGCUGAGAGUCAAAGUGGUGAAGAUAAGGAGGGGAUUGUUUCUGGCAUCUCUCUGGCUCAAGUUUACAAGUGGCUGGAAUUAUCCAUUCAAUUUUAUGUCUCCUGUACCACAGCCCAUAACUACAUGUCCGAAAACUUUGAUGUUCAUCAGAGCAUUGUAGACACAAGUAUUGUCGCUGAAGUGCUUGAUGGACAAGGGCCAUGGAUAGCCCUUCAUGAGCUGUUUUACUUGGCAGCAAAGAAAUGUGGAUGGGUGGAGAUUUGUAGGAUUCGUGAAAGACUGGAUUCUAAAAAAUACAGAAGCACCAAUGACCAUUGGACAAGUAUUUUAGACCUACAUCACAAACUGAAAAAAAUGUCCAAGCAUAGCUUGGAAGAAGGCACAGAGGAGGAGGUGCUUGAGAAAACUGGGCUUAUGUUUGCUGCCAUCAUUUUAUUCUUACAGACUGUCUGGGAAUAUUGCCGUGUUGUCAACAGACUUGACGUAAUAUCUUCAUCUGGUUUGGUGUAUCCUUUGGUUUUAGUUGAGGACAGUGUUGAAGUCAACACUCAGCUAUCAGGCAAUGCUUCUGCAAGCACCGCAGCAAGUGACAGCCCAGCACCAAAGAAGAAAAAGCGAAAAUUGGCAUCUGGCAGGUCUGGUUCUCCUGCAAAGGAUGACAGUAAGGGAAAGCAACCAUCACACAUCAUAAUUGAUAAAAACUGUGGUGCUGUCAGUCAAAACCUCUCAGAUGACUUCGCUGUAUCUGUAGAGGCUUGGCACCUUCUCAACACAUAUCCUGACUAUAAAAACGAUUUUCUGCGUCUAUUAGACGAGUGGCGCGUGGACCAGUGGAACUGGAUGGGAACGUUUAAAGUGGACCGACUUAUUUACAAGGGUAAAUACAAGAAAGCUGUUGAGUUUCUUCAGGAACAACGAAAUGCAUUGGAACAGGACACUUCGGGAAAUCAAGAGCUACUUAUCAGAGGAGCCAUUCAGUUGUCAUGUUGCUACUUCCGCCUCGAUGAUCACAAGAGAGCAUGUGAAGAAGCACUAUAUGGUUUGCAAUUCUUCUCGGCGAGAAGUUCAGCUGGAGAUAACAUGACACUGAAAAGAUCAACAUCAGUGCAUCAAGGAAAACUUGAUGCGAGUGGAAAUGAACCAUCCUUGUCAAGCUCUUCCUCAACUGGCGGUCGAUGUUUAAGACUGAUCCAGUGCAGUGAAACAGAAGUGCUUUCUUUUACUGUCCGUUUACUUCUUUCGUCACUGAAGCAAAGGCUGGUGACGGAAGGGCGAAAUGACACACUCCUUGGUCACGUGGUAGUGUUAGUGCAGUUUGGUUGGCCAAGAGAAGAGGAUGCCUUCUAUGAGCUCCUGGACAGGAUCCGUGAUCAGGGAGGACUGAGAUACAGAGUGUUUUUCAGUUACGUGAACAAUAUCGAUAUUCUGGAGGAGUUCGCGCACCUCUACAGUGAUGAUUCGUACAACCUCGAUCUAGUUCCUCUCUCUACAUCUGGUUCAGGUAGAGCAGUGACACGAGGAGUUAACAAGGGAGCCAAAGAGGACUUUCGUGCCGCCAUGGAGAGACAAGUCAGUCGCAGUGAUGAAAGCUUUGAACCACUUCUCAAAGCUUUCUUACAAAACGAGAAAGAUUCUCUUUUAAGCUGACACAAACAUGACGCAACGACGUAACCUCACGUAUAACUGAGAAACAAUAUUAAUGAGAUUUAGAACGUAAUGGUUAUUUCUGUUAAAGUAUUACGGUUUAAGUUUACUAAGCUUUGGAGAACUCUUUCUUUCUAUGAGCCCUGUUAAUCGAAAGAAAAGUUCUGUAUUCUCAACCAAUCGGGAACGAAAACCAAACCCACUACUUCCGCGCGUUUUUACCCGUUAUGCGCGAGAUGUCUCACUUUGUCUGAAACUGCACCCCGGUGACUUAAAUUGUUAUCCAGCCACUAAAACGACCCAGCUCUUAACACUUUUGCAUCGCUCGUCUCAUUUUUGAAGUUUGACUAAAAUUUACAAGUACAGAAAAAGAGGAGAUAUCACAUUGUAAAUAUCGAGAAUAAAAUUCUUAGUC